AUUUCUCAGGUGACUAGCUAAUGUAAGGAUGUCCGAUAAUGCGGAAUCUCCGACAGAAACUCAGAAGGAUGAGCCAUCUACACAGCAGGCUGUUACAGAGGACACCGGGACGACUGACGAGAAGAAAAAAAUUGACGUGUUGCUGAAGGCAGUGGGCGACACUCCCAUUAUGAAGACUAAGAAAUGGGCGGUGGAGAGAGGGAGAACCGUACAGUCACUGGCCCAGUUCAUCUCCCGCUUUCUCAAACUGGAGCCCAGUGAGCAGCUGUUCAUUUACGUGAAUCAGUCGUUCGCUCCGUCGCCGGAUCAGGAGGUGGGCGUACUUUUUGAAUGUUUUGGCAGCGAUGGAAAGCUGGUGCUACAUUACUGCAAGUCACAAGCAUGGGGAUGACCUCUUAACCUUUAAAACACACACACACACACACUCUUACACACUCAUACACACACACACACACGCAAGCACGCACGCACGCACACACACACACACACACACACACACACCUGUUUUUACUGCAGUUUUGUUUUGAUUAACUAUGGUCUUUUGUCUUUGCAUGUGCUACUUUUCUGUACAUAAC